UCAGCACUUUUGUUUACAUUGUAAAUAUUCCCGCAAACAAAAGCCUCGCGCCACUUGGCGGAGAAAAAAACAAGAAGGUUACAUGUCACGUGGCUUGUUAGUCAUGUGACUUGUGGACCGUCUGUAUGACUAUAACGUUGACGUUGUGGGAAGGAAAAGGUUUUAAAAGUGACAUAUUUUCUCCAUGUACAAGCAGUGUCGGGAAGAAAGGACAUGGAGAAGCCACUUUUGCUCUUGAUAUUUACAACAUGGAUACAUUAUUCGUUUCAGUAUUCCAAGUCUGAAGCAGCUAGCCGCCAUGCCUGCUCGGACGCGAAGAAAGCUUGGGACAUGGAUGCCUGUUUAGCGUCCAUCAAGCAAGAAGUGGAGGAUCCCAACGCGUUCUGGUUCGGCUCCAGCUACGGAGGGGACUGCCGCUCGCACUCCGAGUUCAGCACCGACUGCUACAACCCCCGGUCCGCUGACGUCGACAGCGUGGUGUCGCGGGUGUUCGAACCAGGAUCCUACGACAGCAAACAGAUCGACAAGUUUCUGGAGGUCACCUACAUAUCACAGCCAGGGCGUUACCGAGGGUGCGGCAACGAGUUCGUUGUGCCCAACUCGAAACUGAUCAAGGUGGAUCCACUGUCUCCCAUUUCCUACACCCCGUACGAGCUCAAAGACCGACCCGAAUUCCGAUGGGAGGCGGAAAGUAACGAGCUGUACACGCUUGUCUUCUACGACGUAGGCUACCAGACGAUACAGGCGUUGUACGUCAAUAUCAAGGGAGAUAAUAUAUCUACAGCCGAGGUAAUACAACGUUAUGAAGGUCCACUCAACCCGACAGGAAAAGACAACCCGUACAUGUUUCUACUCUUCAAACAAAAGGGAUACAUAAAAAUGUCAGCGAAAUGGAGGAGGAAAUUUUAUUACGCAGCAAGCCCGUUUCAUUUUGGAGAUUUUAAAAAGAGUUUUAACAUGACAGGUCCUGUGGCACUGAGUCUCAUCCGGGUAACUGGAGACCCGUAUGCAGCCGAUAUCGCCCGCCAUCUUGGUUACAUGAACACGUGUCCUGCAUUUAUUAGCAAAGAUCUAAAGAAGAAAUCGAUCAAGUUUCUUCCUGACGACAACGAGUACCGACCUCAGCUUAGCGUGUACCUCAACGUGACCUUCAAAACGGAGAGCAUCACCUUCAACUCCUGCUGCAGCAUCUUCUCUGUUCCGGGGAGAGAACUCUGCGUGAAUCCGCUUGGCAAUGCGGGUGUCGAGUCUGUGUAUGCUCGGAAUGGGCCAGUGGUCGAACUCUCCAUGGCAACGGCGUUUCCCAGCUUAAUCAGAGACUUCAAAGACAAGAUCCUCACACUGGCGCUGAUCGACCCCGACGUCCCGUUUGAGGAGUUCGGGAACGCGGAACUGCCCUUCAUCCACUGGCUCGUGGUCAAUAUCUAUUCAGGGCGGGUCCACGACGGACAGGAGGUUCUCUCGUACAUCGGACCGACCCCACCUCCCGGCAACCCUCACACUUACUACUUCAUGAUUUUUGAACAGAAUUAUGAGCUGGAUCCGAAGGAAGUUGCCGAAUACGGCCAAACCAAUUGCUCGUCCGUCUUCAAAGGAAGAUGUCGCUUCUCCGUGAACGACCUCGUGAUCAACCACGGGCUGAAGCUGACCGGAGCGAGCUGGUUCAUCACGGAAAAUGACGAGUUCGUCCGACAUGUUUACGUCAACCUCGGCAUGCCUCGCUGUCAGAUCUGCAAGGACGUGCCGCAGUUUGCAUAUCCGUGUCCCUACUCGAACAGUGCCUACGUAGUACCCAGCGUCGUUUUAAGUGUCGUCAUCUUUCUGCUGACGUCAUCAUUCCAUGCUUGAAAAGGAGGACUUGACUUUUAAUUGAGUUUUAAAUUACUUCACCCUAAAAACUCAUUUGUAUAAUAGUUCCUUGUUAGCAGUGUUAUUCUAUACUGAUGGAAAGAAAUAAAGGAUCACACAGAUAGCAAAACACGAAAUAAUGACUGCAUCAAAAAUCAAUUAAUAUUUUCAGAA